UUUGUGUAAAUAUAUUUAUAUGACAUACAUAUUUCUUAUACAAUUAUUUAGAAUUUUAGAUAAAUUUAAGAUCCAAGCUUCUGUAAUGUUAAUUACAUAUGAUGUGACUUAUUGUAGAUGGUGAAGUUUUUAUGGAAAGUGAGAACAAUCUAUUUAUCUUCUUUGAAAUAUGCAUCCUCUUUUUAACAAACGUGGAAAUUGAAAUAUAAAUGUGAAAAAUUAAUUAAAAUGCAUUAUCCAUUAAUCCAUAGAAUAAGAAUCUUUUGGGGACCGGGAAGAGAUCGUUGACACGGUGUAAUUAGAUUGUUUAUAGGGCAAACAAGUUCAACGGCCACGAAUGGUCAACUUUUCAUCACGAACAUGAUGUCUCCAUUGAGCGGGUAAUCUAACGGUCCAAAGUUAAAACUUAACUCGUGCUCCAUCGGCUCCUCUAUAUAAACCUCUGCUCAAAUACUCUCUCCUCUGAAGAGAAAAACUGUCUAAAGAAGUUUUCAUUCAAUGGCGGAAGAGAAGAGCUUCAAGUACGUUAUCUCAGGAGCUGAUAUAUCUGCCGGUUAUGCGGCCAGAGAAUUUGCCAGGCAGGGCCUGAAGCAUGGUGAACUAGCAAUUAUAUCCAAUGAACCAGCAAGUAACAAAAUAUUUGGACUUGGAGAUAUUGACAUAGAGACCAAUACUAAUCUUUCAAAGAACUACAUAUGUGGUGGUCCUGGUGGAACUGGGGAAGAGAGUCAAAGCCAUCAAUGGUACAAAGACAAAGGUAUCGAAUUGAUUCUAAGCACAGAGAUCAUCAAAGCAGAUCUUUCCACGAAGAGUUUUUUCAGUACUGGUGGAACAAUCUUCAAAUACCAAACUUUGAUAGUUGCAACUGGCUCUACCUGUGUAAGAUUGUCAGAAUGUGGUUUCCAAGAUACAAACGCUAAGAAUAUCUUCUACCUUAGAGAUAUCAAGGAUGUUGAUCAGCUCGCGUUGACAAUGGAAACAAAGAAGAAGAGAACGGUCGUGGUUAUUGGCGGCGGAUACAGAGGAUUUGAAGUCAGUGCUUCACUAACGGUUAACAACUAUGAGGUCACCAUGGUUUUUCCAGAACCUUGGAUUAUGCAUUGGCUUUUCAGCGCUGAGAUCGCUUCUUUCUACGAAGGUUACUAUGCUAACAAGGGAAUAAAGAUCAUCAAGAGUACUAAAGCCACUGGAUUCAGUACCAACUCAAACGGGGAGGUAACAGAAGUGAAACUAGAUGAUGGUAGAACCCUAGAAGCUGACGUGGUGCUCCUUGAUGGUGGUGGUAGACCGAUGACAUCACUUUUCAGAGGUCAGGUAGUAGAGGAGAAGGGUGGACUAAAGACUGAUGGAUUCUUCAAAACAAGCGUAUCCAAUGUAUACGCCAUUGGAGAUGUAGCUACAUUCCCUAUGAAACUCUAUGGCGACAUGAGACGAGUAGAACACGUUAACCAUGCUUUCAAAUCCGCUGAACAUGCAGUCAAGGCAAUCAAGGCAGCAGAGGAAGGGAGAUCGAUUCAAGAGUAUGAUUAUCUUCCUUUCUACAACUCUCGAGCCUUUGAUCUCUCUUGGCAGUUUUAUGGAGACAACGUUGGACAAUCUGUACUAUUUGGAGACAACGAUCCAAAAUCUCCAAAGGCAAAGUUUGGGACUUAUUGGGUUAAAGAUGGGAAAGUGGUGGGAGCAUUUCUAGAAGGAGGAGUUGAGGAAGAGAACAAGGCCAUUGCUAGAGUGGCACGGACACAACCUUCAGUUGGUAGCCUUGAGGUGUUGUCCAAUGUUGGAGAGUUGCUUAUUGGAUCAAGAGUUAAUAGAAAUAGGGUCUUAGUUUCAUGCCAUAUUUAAUAACAUAUAUGCUUAUUUAAGAGUUACAAAAAAAAAAGUUUCUUCAAGAGUAUUAAUACUCUUGUUUGAUCAUACAAUAUCUAAGGAUGUCUAGUUUAAUAUAUA